ACAUCUCUCUCUCGCAUUUCCGCUCUCGCUGAAGACAAUUAAAUUGCUAAUAGCAAUUUUCUAUAAUUUUUGUUUGAUUAUUUCCAAUUUAGUUUCAUACAGUUCGAUCAUUAUAAUUAUUUCUUGCUUGAUUUUUUCAUCCUCUUCUUUUUUUGCAGGAUUAUUCUGUCUUUUUUAGGUGUUGACAUCAUGGAUUCAAGAGGAGGAUGUUCUAGUGCGUUAAGAAGGCCUGAUUCUCGAAAUCUAUUGCAACAACAAAUCCUUCUUAGAAGAAAAUCUACAGAAAACUGUGAUAGAUUCAUUCCAAAUAGAUCUGCUAUGGAUUUCGAUUUCGCUCACUACAUGCUAACAGAAGGGUGUAAAAUUAAGGAAAACACUGUUGAGAGUUCACCAUCUAAGGAAGUUUACAGAAAGCAGCUUGCAGAGGUAUUGAACGUGAAUAGAACCAGAAUUCUUGCAUUCAAGAACAAGCCAGCAAAACCUGUUGAGUCGCUAUUUCCUGAAGCUUCAACAGUGCAGCGUGGAAAACUAACAAAGCCCCAGAGAUCCAUUCCUCAAAUAGCAGAUAGGAUUUUGGAUGCUCCAGAUAUUAUUGAUGAUUACUACUUGAACUUGCUAGACUGGGGCAGUAGCAAUGUGCUUGCUAUAGGUCUUGGAUACACUGUUCACUUGUGGGAUGCGACUGAGUCAUCUACCACUGAGCUUAUGACCGUUGAUGAAGAUACUGGCCCUAUUACAAGUGUUAGCUGGGCUCCCGAUGGGCGUCAUAUAGCAGUUGGGUUGAACAAUUCGGAAGUUCAAAUAUGGGAUUAUACAUCUAACAAACUAUUGAGAACACUACGAGGUGGGCAUCAAUCUCGAGUUGGCGCAAUGGACUGGAACAAGCACAUCCUUUCAACUGGCGAAAUGGAUGGUUUCAUAAUAAACAACGAUGUAAGAAUCAGGAACCACAUUGUAGAUACAUAUAGAGGACAUGAUCAAGAAGUGUGUGGGUUGAAAUGGUCGCCAUCAGGACAACAAUUAGCAAGUGGUGGUAAUGACAACCUUAUUCAUAUCUGGGAUAGAUCAGUUGCUUCUUCCAAUACUUCUACUCAGUGGUUUCACAGGCUUGCAAAUCACACUGCUGGUGUUAGAGCCUUAGCUUGGUGCCCAUUCCAGGCUAAUUUACUUGCUUCUGGUGGAGGUGCAGCUGAUGGAAGUAUUAAAUUCUGGAAUGCCCACACUGGAGCUUGCUUGAAUUCUGUUGAUACUGGUUCACAAGUUUGUUCUCUAUUGUGGAACAGAAAUGAGAGAGAACUUCUGAGCUCCCAUGGAUUUACAGAAAACCAACUGACUCUGUGGAAGUAUCCAUCAAUGGUUAAAAUUGCGGAUCUCGCUGGUCAUGAAUCAAGAGUUCUGUACAUGUCUCAGAGUCCAGAUGGGUGCACUGUAGCAUCUGCAGCAGGUGAUGAAACUCUAAGAUUCUGGGCAGUAUUUGGGACCCCUGAAUUGGCUAAGCCUGCAGCCAACACCAACACAGAGCCAUUCGCCCGUUGGAAUUGCAUCCGUUAAGUGUUUGGAGAUUUUUGAUUUUCCUGUAGUCUUUCAGUGAUACCAUUACAAACAGACCAGACAUUCAUUCAGAUCACUGGUACGAGAUUUUAUGACAACAAUAGUGAGGCAAGUCUGUAAGGUCAUACUAAGUCAGCCAAAAUGGGAGACGACCCCCCUAUCUAAUUCCCUCACUAUUGUUCUUUUUGACCAGAAUUGCAUUGAAGAUAUUAUAGAAGGUCAAGUUACUGCAUCUCUCUCGCGGCGUUUCUUCAACUGGAUAUGUUCGCAGGGUGUGUUCACUCCUGAUGUCAUACAAUACCAUCUUCAACAAUACCAUCUUCAAAAACCUUGUGCAGGCUAAGGCUUCAAAAGUGGCAAAAUCCUUUCUCAGUUCUGCUACAUUUAUACCUGAACCAGCUUCUUUGUAUUAUUUCAUCUAAGGCUUAUGUGAAGAUGGAUCUGUAGAAGAAGCUGUUAAGAUUUCUUCCAAGUUAAGAAAAUUGGUGAUAUGUCUCCUUCAACUGAAGUUUAGGAUACUGUAUUAUUGGGUUGUCAUGAGGUCGAGAGGACUGAUCUUGUUUCAAAAUUGUGUGGUGAGAUUUAAGUGUCCGGUCCUGAGGGUAAUAAGGAUACAGUUGGGUAUCUGAUUCAAGCCUAUUUUAAGGGUAACAAGCUUAAGGGAGGCUAUGAAACUGUACAAGAAGAUGUGUGAUAGAGGCCUUAAAGAGAGCACUUAACUUAC